ACGAAAAUGAAUGAUGUCUGUUCUAAACGGUCAUGAAAAAAAUAAGUUGGAAUUUUUCUUUAGUCAAAAGCUACCAUAAUUUUCUCCCAUUAAACUCGGUGAAGUCAUCCAUUGUCUUCUCAACGAAACUCGAAACUUACGGCCUUAAUCAGAAGCCCUCAACUACUUUCAUCACCCGCAAACUUUAUCUCUCUCACUCACUUCACAAUCGAAUUCACAAAUUUCUAUAACUAUUUUCGUUUUCGAAUCCAGUUUUCUUAAAAUGAAUCCUUUUAGGUUCUCCGCCGUAGCUUUACUCACCAUCUCCCUUUUGCUUCUCGGUCUCUGUGAAUUAGGGUUUUGCAGACAAGAAGAUUCAUCGAUUAGGGUGAAGCUUGGCGGAUUCAGCGAUUUCAAGCGUUCACCUCAGAACAACGCUCUCAUCGAAACCCUAGCCCGCUUCGCUGUUCAAGAGCAUAAUAAGCAACAGAAUGCGAUUCUUGAGUUUGCGCGGGUUUUGAAGGCCAGAGAACAGGUUGUUGCUGGGAAGAUGUACCAUUUGACACUGGAAGCCGUUGAUUCUGGGAAGAAGAAGAUAUACGAAGCUAAGGUUUGGGUGAAGCCAUGGAUGAACUUUAAGCAGUUGGAGGAAUUUAAAUUUUCCCAUAAUGUUCCUUCCUUUACUUCUUCGAUCCUUCGCUUUAAACAAGGUGAUUAAAGAUUAUGUUACUUCUGACAGUGAAGAAGGUGUUUAAGGAAGAGAAGUUCAAGUUUGAAGUUAAUAAGAACAUUGAAGGAGACUUAGGAGCGUUCCAUAUUAUUCAGAUGGAACAAGUACACUCCUGUCCUGAAUCUACUUUGAUGCCUAUUAGUUUCUAUCUAUUAUGAUGGAUACUUAUUGGUAAUUAGGCGUACUGUGUGUAAUGUGUCAAAUCUUAAAGCCUAUUGGUUUUGCUUGUAUAUAAAUGCUGCUUUAGGGCCACCUGUAUAGUUCUAUGGGUUAUGUUGAUAAGUUCUGUUUGGCUACUAAUUAAUAUAUAUUUCUUUAUUUGUUAAUGUAAUUACGUUAAGUA